AUGUCCGUAGUGGAACUUCCAGAUGUAAUUACUUCAAAUUAUUAAUAAGAUUAGACUUUAUUCACAUAAAUCUCGUACAAGAUCUAAAAGAAGCAAUCUCGAUUAAUAUCGUAGUUUAGCUGUCAAGAAAUCAGUUGACAAAAUGAUUAAAUAUAAUAGUAUGUCUUCUGUUUUGGGAUAAGAUAAUGAUUACUAUCCUAAAUAAUUAGAAGAUUAAAAAGUAUUUAAAUACAUAUAUUUUAAUAGAAAAUUGAUGAAGCUCAAGAAGUUCAUGCCAAUUUGACAGAAUUAAAAAAAAGUUGCGAUAAUAUGAAAAUGUCUGGUAACAAUAAAGACAAAGAUAUUGAUAAAAUGAGAAAGGAUAUUGAUCAAAUGAAUUAUUAAAUUGAAUAAUAUAAUUUAAGAUAAAAAGAUUUAGAAAAAUAAGAAAAUGAAUACUCAUAAAAAUUAUAAGAAUAAUAAAAAUUAUUAAGCUAAAGCAAUUAUGAUAAAAAGAUUUUUGAACAUAUGUUAACAAGAAUGAAAAAAGAUUAAGUAACUUAUUAAUUAAGAGCUAAUUAAUAUGAAAGACAUCUUAAAUAAGCAUUAUCAACAUGUUAAUCGACAAGUUUAAAGUAAAAUAAAAUAUAAUAAUUUAAAGAGCCUAAUAAAUUUAAGUUUUACAUUAAAAAACAAUGUUGGCUUUGAAAGAAGUAGCAGAUGGAAUUAAACAAUAAAAUAAAAAUAGAGAAAAGAAUAUUAAUAGAUUUAAAAAUGAAUUAAAAUAAAAAUAAGAUGUAGAAUAAAAAAGAGAUGAAAGAAUUAAAAGAUAAUAAGAAAUAGCAGAAGUUGCUGCAAAUGAUAUAAGAGAUGGUGCAUUAAAAAAAUGGAGAAAACUAUUAUUAGUACAUAAAUUCUUAAAUUCUUUUUUAAAAAGUAAAAUGUAAAUAGGAAUAAAUUAAUAUUAAAAUUUAGAAGUAGCUUAUUAAAAAAUCAAAGCAUCUACAGGUAUUUCAGAUGCUAAUGAAAUUGUUUAAAAAUUUAUAGGUAGAGAAUAAACAUAUGCUCAUUUACUAAUAUCAAUAUCAGAUUAUGAAAAGAAAAUUAAUAAUUUAAAAUAGGAAAAUUAAGAAUUAAAAAACAAUUUUAAUCAUUUAAAAUAAGAUUAUAGUGAUAUGGAUAAAGAAUUCUUAGUUGAAAAUCAUAAAUAAAGAAAUGAAUAAACAGAUUAAGAUAAAAUGGUCAUAGAAGUAGAAGAAAAAGCAACAAUAUCUGGUUUAUUAUAAAAUAAAUUGAAUAAUUGGAUUGUAAGAAAUCUCAAAAAAUUGGCAUAAACUAAAGAUAAAGGAUUUUAAGGAAUUAUUGAUGCAAUUAAGGAAAAAUUGUUAAACUUAUCUACAAUGGUAAUUUUAUAUUCCUAAUUUUAGUAACAAUAAGAAUUACUUAAUAAAUCAAUUCGUAGUUCUGUCUUAGAAUUAAAUGAUUAAGAAUUUUUAAAAAGAAACUUUAGAAUCAAACCAAAAAAAUAAAAUUCUCAUCUACAUUCAAAUAAUUCUUAAGAUUAUUCAAUUUUAAGAGAUGAUGAUGAACUCUUUAACGAAUUGCCUAGCAAAGAUGAAGAAUAAGAAGAUUAAGAAGAAGAUCAUUUAUUAAAUCAAUUAAGAGAGGAAGUCAAAGGAAAAUUAUUGAAGAAAUGA